GACGAUAGAUUGGAAACAAUUGGGGAUUUUGUUGGGGAGAGAAACAUUCUCUCGACACCAGUACCUCUCAAAUCUCAAUCGCCGAUCAGUACCUCCGUCCAGCCCAUUUCUCCGUCAGCCAUCUUACGUGGCCCUGUCGCUGAUCUCUCUCAGUCCGAAAGAAAGCCUAGUUGGAGUUGAGAUUAUAUUCACUCGCAUCGCCCUUUCUCGUAAAUUUACCAAAGAAAAUACCUUUCAUCGAACAUGUUUAAAAAGUUUUCAUUGGAGGAGAUUUCAUCACAAAACCAAGUAAAGGCAUCUGUUCAACGUAGGAUCCGCCAGAGUAUUCAAGAAGAGUACCCGGGACUUGAAACAGUUUUGGAGGAUCUACUUCCCAAAAAGUCUCCUCUUAUCGUAGUGAAGUGCCCAAACCAUCUGACCCUAGUUGUUGUCAACAAUGUCCCCCUCUUCUUCUGUAUCCGUGAUGGGCCGUACAUGCCAACACUGCGCCUUCUUCAUCAAUACCCAAAUAUAAUGAAGAGGUUUCAAGUUGAUAGAGGUGCCAUCAAGUUUGUUUUCUCUGGUGCAAACAUAAUGUGUCCUGGUCUCACAUCCCCUGGAGGCGUUCUGGAUGAAGAAGUCGACGCAGAAAGGCCAGUGGCCAUAUAUGCAGAAGGAAAGCAACAUGCCUUAGCAAUAGGCUUCACCAAAAUGUCAGCCAAAGACAUAAAGAGCAUCAACAAAGGAAUCGGAGUGGACAACAUGCACUACCUCAAUGACGGUCUCUGGAAGAUGGAACGGCUAGACUGAAGACGAAGCCAGAUGUCAUGUGAAUCACAUUCAGGGAGAGAGAUAUUAUUUAUCUCCUUUUAAUCUUUUAUGUUCUCUAAACUUCUGGAGCUUUUGUCCGAACCUUAGCUUUGUUUUGAUUUGUUUUAAAAUAUUCGAUGUUUGUUUUAUGAGGGAAUAUCAACCUUAGCUAAUGUUAGUGCUAGUUUCUUAUACUCUCUCUGUUUUAUAAAGUAAGAUAUUUUGGAGUUUUUUUCUUUGUUU